UUAUUUAUUUUAUUUGUCUCUUAUUGAGACUAGUUUUUUUGAUAAGUUUUAAAAUUAUUUCUGAUUUUAAAAAGCAAAAUUUUCAUUCAAAAACCGUUGUUCAAUAUGGGUGAACAACAAAAAACAAUAUGGCAAUUGUUGUUAUUCUUGGCAAUAAUAUGUAUACAACAAUCAGUUCAACAAAAGAAUCCACAUUACAUUGGUAAUCGUACAACAAUGGUUCAUUUAUUUGAAUGGAAAUUUGAUGAUAUUGCCAAAGAGUGUGAACAAUUUUUAGGACCAUACGGUUAUGGUGGCUUACAAACAUCUGUAAUUACGGAAUGUAUUGUAAUUAGAAAUAGUGAGGUCAAACGUCCUUGGUGGGAACGUUAUCAGGUCAUGAGCUAUAAAUUUAUAUCACGUUCUGGUAAUGAGCAACAGUUUAGGAAUAUGGUAAGGCGGUGUAACGAUGCUGGCGUUAGAGUAUUUGUGGAUAUAAUUUUAAAUCAUAUGACUGGUAAUAAUGGUGAAAAUGUAGUUGGAACCGCAGGAAGUACUGCAAAUACAGGAGAAUCAAAGUAUUAUCCCGGUGUACCAUACGAUAAAUCUCAUUUCCAUAAAACAUGUUCUAUAGAAAAUUGGAAUGAUGCAAACCAGAUCAGAUUUUGUGAGUUGGUUGGAUUGCGUGAUUUGGACCAGUCUCAAGAUUAUGUCCGAAAGAAUAUUAUUGAUAAAUUAAAUCGUAUGGUUGAUGCAGGUGUUGCUGGAUUUAGGGUUGAUGCAGCUAAACACAUGUUACCAUCUGAUUUGAAACAUAUUUAUGAUAGUGUACAAAAUUUAAGAUUGGAUCAUGGUUUUCCAGAAAAUGCGAGAGCUUUUAUUACACAAGAAGUAUCGGAUUUUGGAGAUCCAAAGGAUCCAGUAAAACGAGAAGAAUAUUUACCGAUUGGCACAGUUACUGAAUUUCGAUUCGGUAAGGAACUAACAAACCAUUUUGGAGGUGGAAGUCAAAUAAAAUAUUUAAAAACAUUUGGAACAAGUUGGGGCUUAAUGAAAAGUGAAGAUGGUUUAGUAUUUGUGGACAAUCAUGACACUCAACGUGAUGGUAAUGUCCUUACUUACAAAAAGUCGAAACCAUAUAAGAUGGCAGUUGCGUUUAUGUUAGCGCAUCCACACAGCAAAAUUCCUCGUGUGAUGUCCAGUUUUGCAUUUGAUAAUAAAGAACUUGGUCCACCAAUGGAUGGCAAUGAAAAUAUCAUCAGUCCAAAAAUAAAUGCGGAUAAUUCAUGUGGAAAUGGUUGGGUUUGUGAACAUCGUUGGCGACCAAUUUAUGGAAUGGUUCAAUUCAAAAAUGUUGUGGGUGAGGACGCUCCGUUAACAAAUUGGUGGGAUAAUGGUAGUAAUCAAAUUGCAUUCUGUCGCGGAAAUCGAGGAUUUAUUGCAAUUAAUAAGUCUGGAAACCUUAAGCAAACAUUACAAACAUGUUUACCCAGCGGAAAAUAUUGUGAUGUGAUUACUGGUGAUUUAAUUAACAACAAAUGUACUGGCAAAGUAGUGACCGUUGAUGGAAAUGGAAAUGCUUUGAUCGAAAUUAAGGAAUCUGAAGACGAUGCAGUGCUUGCAAUUCAUAUACAGUCAAAACUUGCUGUAUCUAAAUUGUAAGAAGCUAAAUUAUUUUUACUAAAUAAAUAACAAAAAGUCCA